GUGGAUAUAAAUAUGACCAUAACAUAUGUGCCCUUUCUUUUGUACCGCCGCUACGUUACUGCCGCCUUCAUCUCUUUUUUCUCUCUCCUCUCUCUCCUCUCUCUCUCGUGCCUGCUACUUUCACCUUCCCCCAACCCUCUCCUAUUUCUCGAUUCCCAGGACUGGCAUUAGCCCUGCUGUAGCUGCAGUUCGCAAAAGUGGAGUCCGAAUCAUUUUUUAUGUCUGAACGAGCAUCUCUCUUCUUGUCAUCAAUCGGUUUGCUUGGAGAGUAUUGCCCUACGUCAAGAAAAAAGGAUAGUCCUAUCUCAGGAAAAUUGAGUUGUAUGCAUAUUGGGAAUAUUGAGGACUAUUUUCUUAAUCGUCCAGGUUGCAAUUUUAUGCAGCCUUCUUACCUUCCGAUAUCAGCUCUUGCUUCCACUGCUUCCUAACAAACUCCUAUCAAGUUAACACUUCUUUGAACAAGAUGGCACUGCAGAACAUUGGUGCUGGAAACCGUGAUGAUGCCUUCUACAGGUACAAGAUGCCAAGGAUGAUCACAAAGAUUGAAGGUCGGGGAAAUGGCAUCAAAACCAACAUUGUCAACAUGGUUGAUAUAGCAAAAGCGUUGGCUAGGCCUGCUGCCUACACUACGAAGUACUUUGGUUGUGAGCUUGGAGCGCAAUCCAAAUUUGACGAGAAGACCGGGAUCUCUCUUGUCAAUGGAGCUCACGAGACAGCGAAACUUGCUGCACUUCUUGAGAUUUUUAUCAAGAAAUAUGUUCAGUGCUAUGGGUGUGGCAACCCUGAGACUGAAAUUCUUAUAACUAAGACUCAGAUGCUACAACUCAAAUGUGCUGCUUGUGGGUUUAUGUCUGAUGUGGAUAUGAGGGACAAGCUUACGACCUUCAUUCUUAAGAACCCACCUGAAGUGAAGAAAUCAUCCAAGGACAAGAAAGCCAUGAGAAGGGCAGAGAAGGAACGCCUUAAAGAAGGUGAGGCUGCUGAUGAGGAGCAGAAGAAAUUGACGAAAAAGGAUGGAACUAAGCUGAAGAAGUCCUCCAAAGAAGUUGCAUCUAAACCAACCAAGAAGAAGACCCAGGGGUCUGAUGAGGAUCAUUCUCCUACUGCAAGCCAGGCAGAUGAUAAUGUACCUGUGGCAGCUGUUGAUGAUGAUGAUGAUGAUGAGGAUGAUAUUCAAUGGCAGACUGACACAUCUAUGGAGGCAGCGCAGAAGCGGAUAAAAGAGCAGCUUAGUGCUGUGACUGCAGACAUGGUUAUGCUCACAACUGAAGAGAAGUCCACUCGGAAGAAGUCCCCACCUCGAAAAGCAGAAGCCGAGGUCAAAGCUGAAUCAAAUGGCUCUCACUCUGACCCACAACAGACUCUUGUUAAGGACUUGAAGGAAUACCUGAAGAUGGGCUGUACUGCAAGCCAAUUGAAGACUCACUUGGCUUCAUGCUCGGGAACCACCCAAGAGGUAGUGGAUGCUCUGUUCGAGGCUCUCUUUGAUGGUUUGCAGAAGGGUUUUGCCAAAGAGGUCAAUAAGAAAAAGAAUUACAUUGUUGCUGCCCUAGCUUAUGCUGAAGGUUCGCAGCCAAUCUUGUUGCACGCUAUUGAGUCUUUCUGUGGAAAAGCAAGUCCCGAUGCUGUUAAGGAGGUUGCUGUUGCUCUGAAGUUUCUUUAUGAUGCUGAUGUGUUGGAGGAAGAGGCUAUCGUUACUUGGUAUGAGCAGGGAUCAACUGGCAACAACAAGGGCGCACCUGUUUGGAAGUUUGUUAAGCCCUUUGUAGAGUGGCUCCAGAGUGCAGAGUCCGAGACCGAGGAGGAGUGAUUUUGAUAUCCAGUUUAUCCAAUAUUAUGCAUGUCUAUUUCAGUUAUUUUGAGUAUUUGGAAUAAGUGAUUGAACUUUUAGAUGGUCGCUGGAAAUGUGGUGUUUCAGGUUGUGUUGUCUGCGUGCUAUACUUGGUCGUUUCUGAUUUACACCGUAGUUAUGUGUUGUCGUUUGGUAUUUUAGUGAACAAUUUGUUGGUACUUGGUUUGAAUUUAUAGUAUGCUAUGAUCUAAUUAUUGUCA